UCAAAUCUAAACAAGACUUAACGGUCUAAAAUCUCUCUCUCUCUCUCUCUCUCUCUCUGCUUCAUCGAUUCGAAGUAGAACUUUUGUGAUGGGUGUGAAAUCGGUUAGUCGAGAAUCAUCGGAUAGGAAAAAUUGGGACAAAAUAUUCAAGAAUUUGGUCAAAUGGCUACAGAUGAAACAGGACCAGAUCGAGUCGCUUCUGAAAGACAGGAAGAGCAUCGAAGACAAGCUCAAGACCAAACACCAAAACUGGAUCUCCGAUGUCCGAAACUACGAGGAACAACUCUCUCUCAUGAAGAGAGAAAUCGAAACGAUGGAGAUGAUGCAGUUCUUUGAGACUUCUAAAUCGAAUCUCUUGUCUGUGUUAAAGGAAAAAGAUCAUUCUCUUUGCAGUUUGAAAUUAGAUGAGGCGGUGGAUGAGUUAAAAGACUUCAAGGCUUUGUUUGAUUUCCUCACUCUGAACACAAGUAAAGAUAAUGGCGACACGGAAGCUGCGGAAUCAUUGGAAGUAAAAAUCAGGAAGCUGAAGCUUGAGUAUGAGAAGCUUGCUUCUGAGAAGAAGUGUGAGGUCUCUGAUCUUAGACGAGAGAACGGGUUCGCUUUGAGUCAGUUCAAGUGUAUCCAAACUGGGUUUACUGAUAAGUUAAAGAGGAAAGAUGAGGAGAUUGCUCAAGCAAACGCGAAAGUUUCGACUCUUUUGUCUUGUCAAGAGCAGCUUCAGUCGUCUAAUCUUGAGAAAGAUGAGAUUAUCUCGAGCUUGAAGGCUAAGGUUGCUGAAAUGGAGGGUGAAUUUGCUAAGAAAGACGAGGAGAUCUCGAAGCUCUCAAGGGAUGUAGAGUCUUUGAAGAAGUCUCGUAGCUUUACACCGGUUUUAACACGAUGCACAACGCGUGGCAAAGGUAGCAAUGGUAGUAGUAAUGUGGGAUCUGAGGUAACAAGAAAGAAAGAGAAGUGUGCUGCUUCACCACCGAGUGAUAAGGAAAUUAGAAGCUCGAAGAGGAAAAGAGUGACAGUUUCAGAAACUCCAAAGCUGUUCACAUCAACGUUUAAACUUCCCAAGUUAAAGUCUCCAUCUUCUGGAGCCAAAUAAGAUUUUAUCUUUGUGACUGCUUCUGCUAGAUUUAGGAUUUAGAGUUAAUGAUCCUAAUGUAAUCUAUCUCUGUAUUUAGGAUCAUCCUCCCUCUGAUAUAUAGUUCUUGAGUAUUUUCCACUUACCCGCAGCAUAAUCUAGCAGCUGUUUAACUUUUUUUCUGUGUAUUAUACGUCUUGUAACCAAGAUUUUAUUUGAAGCGGCUUUAAAUAAAGAGUUUUCACGGUUGUGACA